AUGCUGGCCUCGUCAAACAAACACAGCAAGCUGCUUGUUGUCCAAGCCGUGAUCGCCACUGCAUUUGCAACCAAUCCAGGUUGGAUAUUUCACCCUCAGACGAGUGGUUUUACGUCUGGCGGGCUGGGUCACUAUCCGACGCCAUAUAACUUGUCGAUUUCACAGACAAAUCACAAGCUUGCCUCGACUGGCGGUUCCUACUGGAGCUCCUCCCUCAUCCAUGGCUCAAACGGCCGAGAUUACCUCGUCGUUGCCAACGCCGUAGCCGAGUUGCCUGUGGGCGGCGGUAGCCUUGUCGAUGUAUACCGAGCUUCAAUUCUCGAUCUGGAAGAUACGUCUCAGUAUGCGCAAUACGCCCGCCUCACAGCCUUAGCAAAGACAUAUGGCCCCACCGGUAUUCUCAACUUCACGGUUCCGGGCUUUGCGUUUCAAUCCACCAGCACAACAGAUGCCCUCUCUGGUAUACGAAUCUUUAGUAACAUCGCGGACGUUGGUUUCGAUCUCACUUUUGAUCUGUCUUCUCCUCCGAUCCUCAACGCCGGCACUGGCACAUUCCAAGUUGGAGGCGGAACUGGUUUCCAAUGGUCCAUGCCCGCUGGCAAAACAACAGGCUGGAUUUCAGUCAACGGCACCAAAGUCAACGUCGACGCAAGCCGCUCUUUAACGUGGUACGAUCGACAGUGGGGGGUCAUCCCCUCAGACUUUUCAUGGUUCCAGGUUCAUAUUCCGGGACUGGCGCCUGAUGGGACUGAAGACGAACUCUACUCCAUAUGGGCAUGGAACGACCCUAUCAACGGCAACAAGCAGUUCGCGACGCACCGAACAGGCGGGCGAGCAGAGCAGAUUGUUUUGCCUGUUACCGAAAAAGUAUCAUCCAACAGAACUUUUACGUCGCCCGCAACUGGUGUCACCUACCCUCUCGACUGGACCAUUGCCAUUCCGGGCGGACCGGAGCUGCGUCUCUCCAGCAUCAGGCCUGAUCAAGAAAUCCAGACCGCAGGUGUUCCUGUAAUCUCUUACACCGGGUUCCUCAACGUCGUGGCUACGUACCCCGGGGGCCGUACAGUUCCAGCAUUCGCCGUAAUUGAGUCGCUUUAGAUGCCCAGGAUAAAGAAAGCUACUAGUACUAGAAGUGAAGAGGGGAUUGUUAUCCACAGAAAGGGCAUUUUGUACAAUCGCCUAUCGUAGGGCGGAUCUGCGGUUUUCUUGGCAAACUUUAAUGUUCAUUAGAUAGUCCACAAUGUCAGUAGCUUUAAUGUUUAUCCGUAUAGUUUAAUUUAUAACAUGACAACUGCAGCAAGACGGCAUCUCAUUUGCACUUCUCUGCCGGGCUCAUAGUGUCCACCGCGCUCUCCGAAGCAAGCAAUAUAGUUGGCUUCUAAAUUUCCUCUUACGGAUGCCUCUCGCAGCCUAUGGCUCACAUCAAAAACCUUUUGCGUUUGGUGUUCCGUGCUUGCCGUUAAAUUCGUGUCGUCAUUAGGCAAAGAGGCUUGCUUAUGAAAUAAAGAAGAAGGCUUUCAUCCCGUUAGCAGUCGGUCCUUACCUUUGGCAGUGAACCCAUUUCUUUCCUCAGGAGCGCCAGCCAUUGCUUCCGGCCGUGGCAAUUAUUAAGUUCGAGUCGAGUUGUUGUAUUAUAAAAACGCUGAUCACGGGCCUUGGGGAUUGAGUUCAUGGCCACGCGUUUGAUGAUGUCGGUGGCAACGAUAGGCUUUUGUGGCACAGCCUCCCAUCUUAUGCUUAAGAAGACUGCAUCUCCCGACCAAGUCUUUUGAUCUCU